AUGGAUGGAAGGAAUUUGGAUCGAACAGCCUCGUUGGCUGAUGGAGUCAGCAGUGACAGAAGUGAUGAAACUCGUCCCUUCAAACGCGGUCAUAUGAGGCGUUCCUCUUACGAGAGCGCUCAAAUUCAAUUGGAUUUCUCGAGGCGAUCCGAUGCGAGAGCGAGAAGAGCUGCUUCAUUGCAUGCAUCACUCAAUAAACCGGGUCUCAGUGAGUCAAGCUCGGCUCAGCAAAUGUCUUUGAGUGAUCGAAUGGACGCGUCGAGUUGUGAAGGAUCGUCCACUGGGACAACUGACAGCGGGAUUGGAGGUGACUCAAACUCUUCGAAACGCUCGUCACUCGAUCGUCGCUUCGAAGCCUCGUCACUCCAAGAAUGGGAAUCGUGUGAGCAUCAACAGCAACCCUCAUGCUCCAAAAAACCUCCAGCAACCCCGAAAAAGAGUCUCUCCUUGCGGUUUGCAAAAGGGAUAUUCUCACGAAAAGAUGGUCGUUGGCGGGUGUUCGGUGAUCGAAAAACGGAUUCUCCCGGCUUGGUCCACACAACGGGAUUGAUUCUAGAAGAAAGGCCCUCAAAUCUCCCACAAAAGUCCGAAGAAGAAGCGGCAAAACAUCGAUUACUCUAUGAACAGUUAUUGGAACAGGCAAAGAAAAAGGAGGUGAAGGUGGAAAAAGAGAGGCGGAAAGCACUAGAGGACAAGAAGAAAGCCGAAGAAGCGGCCGGGGUUGCGGCAAAGAUUUGGAUUGAAGAGAUAUUGCCACACUGGGGGACACUAUCCGAUUCGAAAAAGUGUCGCGAUUUAUGGUGGAAAGGAAUCCCGGGGAAAGUUCGCGGAAAAGUUUGGUCAUUGGCAAUUGGGAACUCGUUGAAUAUCUCGGAAGAGCUUCACAACAUUUGCUGUCAGCGAGCGAAGUUGAGACUAGCUGGCGAGAAUGAGACUGGAGAGAGUAAAGAAGCUCGCUACAAUCGUGAGGCCUCAAUGGCGCAAAUCCAUCUCGACGUCUCGCGCACUUUCCCAGCUCUCGGAAUCUUUCAAAAUGGCGGCCCGUAUCACGAUUUAUUGCAUAAGUUGUUAGGCGCCUAUGCUUGCUAUCGUCCGGAUGUGGGCUACGUGCAAUCAAUGUCAUUCAUCGCCUCAAUUCUUCUCCUCCAAAUGGAACCAUUCCCAGCAUUUGUCGCCUUCGCCAACCUGCUCAAUCAACCGCUACAGCAAUCGUUUUUCCGACUAAAACAACCCGCAAUGACCGAAUAUUUCAUCGCAUUCGAUCUCUUCUUUCAACAAGAACUCCCGGCACUUCAUGCGCGCUUUGAUGAGAUCGAUUUAAGGCCGGAUAUCUAUUUGAUUGAAUGGAUCUACACAAUGUUCGCAAAAUCUCUGUCCCUUGAUGUCACUUGUCGUGUUUGGGAUGUUUUCUUUCGUGACGGCGAAGAGUUCAUCUUCAAGACGGCUCUCGGCAUUCUCAAAAUGUACGAGGAGUUGCUGAUCGGAAUGGAGUUCGAUGUGGCUGUGGGUUUUCUGACGAAAUUGCCCGACACGAUCACUUCGAAUGAAUUGUUCCGAAACAUCGACUACUUGAUGCGAACGAACGGGAGCUCCGAGAACGGAAAAGGCCGCAAGAAGUUCAAUCAGAUCCUCCAAGAGGUGAACGAGCGAAUUUGCGGCUCUUCUAACUUCAAUGGAAACACUCCAUCAAUUCAUCAAAUCACAGAAAACCUCCAGGGAAUGAAGAUGAGCAAAAGCCUAUCGGAAUUCGUCAACGAUUUGCUCAAAUCCCCA